CAUGUUUAACACCUCCUGCUCCUCCUGUCCCUCCUCUCAGGUGCAGGAGAGCUUCGUCCCGCUGGGCGGUGGCUCAGGUGAGCUGGGUCUAGCCAUCGGGGGCGGGGCAGACUACGGCGAGUUCCCAUUCGUCACAGCGGCCCACGGGGGCGGGGCCACUGUGGGUGACAUCAUCUUAGAGAUCGGAGGGACGCCCGUGUUAGGGAUGACUCUCGGUGAUGUCAGAGGAGUGCUCAACUCCUGUCCUCAUCCAAUCAGAAUCAAGACUGUCUCACCAGGCUCCUCCCUCUGUAAGGACCUCAGGUUGUACCUCAGCAAGUGUUUCACUCCGGGCUCCAUGGACAGUCAGCUGCAGCAGCUCAUCAGGGAGAACCUGUACCUGCGGGCGGUGCCCUGUACGACGCGGCAGCCUCGUGACGGAGAGAUUUCAGGUGUGGACUACAACUUUGUGUCCAUCGAGGAGUUUUUCUCUCUGGAGGAGUCCGGAGCUCUGCUGGAGAGCGGCAAGUUCAAAGGGAAUUACUACGGGACACCGCGCCCAGUCCACAUCGGUCCAGAGAGUCCUCCAAUCACGUAUCAGGAACAUCGAAACCUGCUGAGGAACUUCAGGACGAGAAGCAAAUCUCUGAGUAACCUGGAGAAAGCUGUGGAGGAAGGAGACAACAGUGAGGAGGACAGCGGACUGUCAGCAGCUGGAGCCCCGCCCACCACUAUCACUCUCAGCCAAUCAUGGGAGUCUGCUGUGGGGAGUCGGGAGGGAACAGAGAAUGGAGGAGGAGGAAGAGGAGUAGCUAGAGGAAGAGGAGGAGGUCCACUGCCUGAAAACUGGGAGCUGGCGUUCAGUGAUUCAGGAGAGCCGUACUACAUCGAUCAUAAUUCAAAAACGACCAGCUGGCUGGAUCCUCGAACUCAGAACAAAGAGACGACUUCCUGUACAGAACUCCCAGAGUUCACGGAGCAGCCCAGUCAGCUGAAGGGUUACUCGAUCCACACUCGUCUGUCCAAAGGCCCUCGAGGUUUCGGCUUUAACAUUGUGGGAGGAAGUCGACCCAGAGAGUUUCUACAGGUGUACAGCGUGACACCCGGAGGACCACCAGCCCUGAAUACAGCGGACAUCCUGGUCUACAUCAAUGACAGCUGUGUGUUGGGUCGCUCUCAUAAAGAGGUUGUGGAGAUGCUGAAGUCGGUGCCGAUGGGUCAGAGUGUGGACGUGGUGCUGAGGAGAGGAUACCCAAUGCUCUAUAACCCUGAUGGAUGUCCCAAACAGAAUCUGGAGACGCCGCAGACUCCCAGCGAACCCCCCAACACCUCCAACGUGAACCGCUGCCUGACACACCUGACCUACAGCCGAACGCUGGACGCCAACGGCACGCCAGGAUUGAGUCAAACCCCGCCCUCCUACACUGCUCAGCCAAUGACAAACGGGCUCACAGGCCCGCCAACGCCCACUUCCUCUGAACCCCCGCUGGGUCCACCACUCCCUCCUCUAGAGAGGACAGCAGCCAGUCACAGUGACUGCGAUGGUGGCCUGUCCAGUGCUGGAACACGAAGGUCUUCUCUGAUUCGCUACAACAGCAACACUCUCCCUGCUCUCUCCUCCUCCUCCCUCCUCCACCAUCAGAGCUCCAAGUCUUCAGAGAGCGAUUUGUCUACGUCGACGCUCCCCAUCUCCUCCUCCACGCUCCCCAUCACCUCCUCGUCCUCCCAUGCUCUGUCCAAACUUCCCCUCUCUCAGGCGGAGACGGGCCUCCUCCAAAACUCCACCAGCCCCACCACCGCUAACAACCCCACCCUGCCCUCCUCCUCCACACCUCCUGGUGCUCCAGUGCAGCGCCCACCAAUGCCCCAGACUUCUAUCCCUGUGACCCCACCCAGAGAUGUCCCACCCUGCGGCUUUAACGGCUGUCCAGCCAAUCACCAAGCACCCUCUCCGACGUCCCGGGGAAACCCCGGACUGGUGCUCCCCCUCGGGGCAGGUUCGCCUGGGUCAGCUCCUGGAGGGGAGCUUGUACCUGUGCCCCUCAGGCGCAGCGAGAGUGGUGGUCUGGGGUUCAGUGUAACAGCAGGAGGGCAAGGAGGUCAGCUGGCGGUGGUGAGGAGAGUCUGGGAUCGAAGGCACUGCCCCUCGCUGCAGCCGGGGGACGCUAUCGUGAAGAUCAACGGAGCAGACGUACAGAGCCUCAGCUUCUCCCAGGUCCAGAGAGUCCUGCAAGAACACACCAAACAGGGAGAGGUGGUCCUCCUGGUCUACAGAGGAGGUACCGUCUCUUUGCCAGCCGUCACCCCCAACCUUUACAAGCCCCUCCCCUCCCCGCAUGGCCUGGUGACCCCCUCUUCAUCCCACCCGCUGACUCUCGCCGACUUGCCUUCCCCGUCCACAGAUGCCUUGGUGGGGGGCAUCCCCCCACUCAACCAGGCCGGCAUGGCCCUGGAGAGUCCCCAGGAGGGACCAGCACCAGGAACCAACCAAGUGACACCUCCAGCCCAGACGCCCAACGGGCCCCCACCCACAGCCCUCAUCCAGAGCACGAGCUUCCUGGACUCAGUUCCCGUGACGCUGACCUUAGAGCCACAUGACUUGUUGGGAGUGGAGGAGAGUGCCGGUGGGCCUCCUCCCAACAGAGGGGAAGGCGCACUGGGAGCCGUGGCGAAGGACCGAAGAGGAGGAGUAAAAACCGUGGAGGUGGAGCUGAGGAGGCGUCCAGGAGAAGGCUUUGGAUUCGUCAUCGCCUCUCAGGAAGUGACGAAUGGGGCCUCCCUGAUGUCUCACCGCUUCGUCACAGUGCGUCGGGGCAGCCCGGCAGCUCGCAGCGGACAGGUUCAGCCCGGAGACCAGCUGGAGGCCGUGGAGGGUCGACCAGUCGGAGCGCUGCAGCACCGAGACCUGGCCCAGAUCCUGAGAAGGGCCGGGAACACGCUGAGGCUGAGCGUCACGCCAAGACACCACUCAGAGGGAGCAGACUUGGAUCUUGACAGUCGGUUGAUUAAAGGGCCUAGAGGACGGCCAAAGGUGUCGGACCAGCUGGUGGAGAUAAACGGGGACAGUACUUCAGGGAUGACUCACAGCCAGGCUGUGGAGCAGAUCAGGAGAGGAGGUCACCGGAUCCACCUGGUUCUGAAGAAGGGCAACGGAUACGUCCCAGACUAUGGCCCUGAGGAAGGAGCCCUCUCCCCCUCCUCGUCUUCUCCUACAGAGGAGCAGGAUGUGGACACAGUUACCAUGACAACCGCCUCCCUCAGCCAGCAGUGGGGAGGAGGAAGUGGUACAGGAGGAGGAGAGAGGAGGAAGCGGAGGACAAGAAGAGAGGGAGAAACCAUACGAAGAACAGGAGGAGGAAGGGGAGGAGAAGGAUUAGGGCCUCCUGAUCUGGACCUGGACAUUGUGGAAGAAGAUGCACGAGAGGAGGAGAGGAGGAGGGAGGAGGAGGAGGAGAGGAGGAGGGAGGAGAGGAGGCGAAGAAGUCAGACUGUCAGACAGAAGGAGAAACCGGGCGCCCAGACGGAGCAGGGAAGGAGCAGCAGGAGUGGUGCUUCAUCCUGGGACACAUUCGUGCCGAAGGAGAGGGUGGAGGUGGACGAGCCUGGAGGUGGAGUGAGGGAGAGGAGGAGGAGGAGCGAGACGAAGAGCAGGAGGAGGGCGACGGAGGAGGUGGAUGAGAGAAGAAAGGAGAGACACAGCACCGCCCGCCUCCCAAAGCAUUCUGGGAGCUCGGCUCCAGCUCAGAGGAGGACGUUCUCCUUCCUCAGGCCGGACGACGAUGACGAGCGCCGGCAUUCGUCCGACUGCGAAUCAGCAGCCAGCUUCUCCGAGGUCAGCCAAUCAGCAGCGAGCAUCGCCGCCACCGAGUGGAGGGAGGAUUCUGAUUGGAGGAGAGCCAAGUCGCCGUGGGAACAAGGGAAUAGCCCGGGCCGCUGGCUGAAGCCGACCACGCAGAGACUGUCCAAGGUUUUGAUUGGCAGUCGGCUUGGUAGGCGGGAAGUAGCGGGCGGGCUCUCUCUCUGAUUGGCUCACAGCGAGACACUUUUUUUUUGUUGCUACUUUUAAGGGCUUUUUUGAUUGGCCUGCAGAGAGAAGACCCGCCUCUUCCUGCUUCUUAUUGGAUGACAGCAGACUGUUUCUGAUUGGAGGAUGAGAAGCAGACGAGGAAUCUUUUUUUUGAUUGGCCAGUGGGAGGCCUGUGAUUGGCCAACGAUUUUACCCAUCAUCCUUCAGUGCAGUGAAGCCAGAUUCACUAUUUUAACUUCCUGGUAUCACGAUGCUGGUGCACGGUAACCAUGGUAACAAAACCUGUCAAGAGCCUGACCAAUCAGAUCACUGCAGUCCUACAGGAACCCGACAGGGACAAAAGUCACAACGAGCAUGAGUUUGAUUUUUAAAAUAAAUUAAUAAAGUUAAUUAAUUUAAUUUAAUUGAUGAUUGAUCACUGAGAAAAACGUUUUUUUAACAUU